AUGGAGAAGAACAGGAAACCCGCCACGAGGCUGCUUGAGCGAGAUGCCGCCUGCACCCCGCACACCUGCGACCCCGGAGAGCUUCAGGACAUGCUGGGCGGAGGGGAGCGUGUCUUUUUUGUGUCUCCUCCCCUGUUAGAGAGCAAUUUUAUCCAGGUCAGCAGGAGAGAUGAAUCUAUUUUCCUUCAUAACCAAGCCAACUGGGUGACUGUAGGCAUCUGCUCCACGAGCCCCACCCUCAAGACCCCUAACGUGAUGCUUCUGGUGCACCUGACACCUGCAGCCCAGAAGGAUACAGAACCCCAGCUGACAAGUCUCCUAAUGUCGCCUUCCCCGGAGAAACUGGUGCUCACCAGGCUUCUCCCGCUGCAGUUUGUGACUCUUUCUGUGCACGAUGCUGAGAAUAUGUGCCUCAGAGUGAAGCUGGUGAGUGGUCAAGCCUACUACCUGAAGCUCUGUGCCCCUGCACAUAAACAGGACACCUUAUUUUGUCAAUGGGUGGAACUCAUCUCGCUCUUGGAUCAGAGGAAGGCCAGAGCUUCCAAAGUGUCAGGAAUCUCAAGCCUCUCAGAAAUCACAAACAGCAUGGAGAUCACAAACAGCAUGGACAUCAUGGACAAUGCAGCAUCCACAUCUGUGCCAGCCCCACACAGGUACACGUGCACAGGCCUGGUAUAUGCCAUGGAAAGCACUGAUUUCUCAGAUGUCACUGAUGUCACCGAUGUCACAGAUACUCCAGAAAAUGAGUUCACAGAGGCCCCAGACAUCAAAAUUGUUACAGAAGUUACGGAAGUCGCAGACCUCUGUGAUGUCAAAAACUGCUUGGAGGUCAUGGUGGUGUUUGAAAACGAUGACAUACUAAGGGCCAAGCAAGAGGAAAAGGAAAAAAUGGAAAACGUUCUGAAGCCUGGCUGUCUACAAGAUACAAGUAAGGAUGAGUUAAAAGCACCGUCCAAGCACACCACCAUCUCAAACACCACACUGACUUCCCAAGGGGAAAGGUGUUUUCAUACUACCUUGAAUCGAGAAGAAAAUGAGACAAAUACAUGCAGAGAGACAAAUGAUAGAACGUCUGAAAUUACUACAACUGAUUUUAAGAACAUUUCUCUGGAGGCUGAAGAGCCCAGGAGCAAGAGAACUGAUUCAGACACUUCAGGUAUGGAACAAAUUCUACUACAUUUCUUUCGUAUCUAAUAAUCAUCUCUGGGUGCUGAAAAGAGAAGUUAAGGGCAAAGGAAUCCAGCCAGAUGUUGUGAUUCAGUGUUUCCUGCUCCUGCUUCAUUCUGAGAGCCUUUCUCAAAGCCUGUCUUCAUGGCAUCUCUCAGUGGUAGGCAUCCCUUCAACUUUUUCCUGUGCUGGUUUCCUAGUUCCCUGAAUCUAACUCACUGAGCAUGAACCACUCCCAAAUUAGCACUAUAGGCAAAACCCAAAUAGAUCCUUGCUGAUUUGGAAGCGGAAUAGUUCACAUCUAAACUUUUCUGGCAAAUGUAAAAAUCAUCUAGUCCCUCUUUUCUUCCUGCUUGUAUCUUUGGCCUCUGCUCUGCUGUCAGGUGAUGCCAUUUAAUGUUUUUUCCAGCAGUGUUUUCUUUACAUAUUCCAUGUCUCAGGAUCUUUCAUUGGUUAAUGACAAGCUUUUGACAUGGAGGUUGUCCUAUAGGCACAGGUGGAGAUCUCUCUGCUUGAUUGCUGCUGCCCCACAUCCAAGUUACCAUCUAAGCUGAGGGUGGAAUAGGCCUCAGCUCCAGUCAUGAACAUAGAAG